AUGACCAAAAAUAACGAUCACCUCCGAUACUCGAUGUUGGCCCUCUCGGCGCGACAACUCGAACUUAAAAAGACUCUCCCGACCGACCGAAGCCUCGCCUUAUACCAAGAAGCCAUCCACCUACUACUUCCCCAUCUCCCGACCCGAGGGACGGCCGUUAUAGCUACAUGCGUCAUACUUUGCGUAUUGGAGAUGCUUAGCUGCUCGCCCAAAGCGUGGCAGAGGCACCUCGACGGAUGCGCCAGUUUAAUGGAGGCUGUAGGGAUCAAUGGCUUCGUGGGAGGCACAGAGCAGGCGCUCUUUUGGUGCUUUGCCCGGAUGGACGUCUGUGGUGGCUUGAUAUCAUCGGUCAAGACGCUUAUACACGUCUCCCAUUGGGCUUCGGGGUCGAUUGAAGCUGAUGUUGAGCUCUUUCGAAACGCGACAGACUUUGAGCAGUGGGCAAAUUAUUCCGUCUACCUGAUAGCCCAGGUUCUUGACCUUUUGACCCCUCUACCCUCACAUACUCUUCAAGCUCCAGCCCGCAACGAUUCCGAGUUUCGCGCUCGCUGGCUCCAACUAUGGGAGUAUCUCCACGACUGGUAUCAACAAAGGCCAGCCCAAUUGCACCCCAUCAUGACCAUCCCCAGCGGCAAAUCCCCCUUUCCGACUAUUCUCUUCUCCAACCCCGCCGCCAUUUCAGGCAACCAACUUCACCAUACAGCAUCUAUCCUCAUGCUCCAGAACCAGCCGUCGGGUAUACGACUCAGUCUCCCUGCCAAGCCGAGGAGCAUCCUUUGGCACGCGCGACAGGCUUGCGGGAUAAGCCUGUCUAAUGACCACCACGGGGCGUGGACCAACGGAAUCCAGCCUUUGUGGAUUGCUGGACGAUGUAUGAGCCAUCCCAGCGAGCACAAGGCGAUACUAGAGUUGUUGGACAAGAUUGAGAGGGAGAGUGGAUGGAGCACGAGGUGGAGGGCAGAGGAUCUAAGGGAGUUUUGGGGAGACUUGGGAGACUGA